UUGGCCAUUCUCUGAAAAACCCAGGUAGAGUGAAAACUGGACGACGAAAGAUUGAAUUGAAGUCGGAAACUACUAUGGCUGAUUCCCGAAGCAGAAAACGGAGAGAAGUCGCGCCCAGUUUUGGCCGAGAAGGCGAGUCAAGAAAACAGGAGAAGCUAAAAUCAGGGGCAGAAUCGAGUGUUGCUGAAUUAUCUGACCUCGUCGAAGAUAAACCAGCGAGGCUGAAUCAAGAUGAUGUGAUCCUGAGUUACCUUGGAUCGGAUAGUCCCAUUGGAUUCGUUGGUUCCCUCUGUCGCUGCUUGGAAGCUGACGGAAUUCACGUUUUCAUAGUUUGCGACAUCCCAUUUAUUCUACCCGAAGAGCUUCGGCUAUCGGUCUCCAGCUCCAACAUCUACAUACCUAUCUUUUCAAAAGCCUAUGCUUAUAGCUCCGAGUGCCUUGAGACGCUCGCACUCAUGGUAGAACACAUGUCUAGAUCAGGAGGGAAGAAAGUGAUCCUGCCCGUUUUCUACGAUGUGGAACGGUCUGAUGUGCAGCUGGACCAAAAAUCACGCUACAGAGACGCCCUGGACGCGCACAAGCAGAGAUUCGGCGAUGAGAAAGUCAAGCUGUGGGAGAAGGCUCUUGUGGGGGCUGGUAAAGUCAAGGGAUGGGAACUAAGCUCAUAUAAAAGUGAAAAGGAACUUAUCACAGCCAUCGUCGGAGAAAUUUUGUUUAAGCUGAUGAUAGCACACAAUCAUGUGUCUGAGGAUCUAUCCACUGGUGAUAAUCCCAUGUUAUCUGACAGGACCUCGGAGCUUGAAGACAGUCAAGAAUCGAAAAUAAUGGAAUUAUUGGAACUGGAAGUAAGCGAUGUACGAAUUGUUGGAAUCCAUGGGAGAGAUGGCAUUGGAAAGACUGCUCUUGCCAAGAUCAUAUAUGAUAAAAUAUCCCUUCGCUUUGAUGCUUGCAGUUUUCUUGCUGAGAUUGAAGAAACAACGCGGCAACCUGGAGGUGUUCACUAUCUUCAAACCAAGUUGAUCCAUAAUAUUUUAAAAAGAGAGCAUGAGGUUGCUUCUGCUUUCGAAGGAGUACGAUUUUUGAAAGAGAUAUUUAGGAGUAUGAAAGUUCUUAUUGUUCUUGAUGAUGUGGAGAAGGCAUCCCUCCUCAAGGAGUUUGUAGGAGCUAAGCUUGAUUGGUUUGGUUGUGGAAGUAGAGUAAUUGUCACCUCAAAAGAAAGCAGAGUUCUUCAAGGGUUUGUUGCUCGAGGGUUGGCUCAUACUUACAAUGUUAAUCUGAUGGAUGAUAAUGGAGCUUUCAACUUUUUCUGGCAGUAUGCUGCAAACGGAGAGAAAGAUGAACUACGAUCUUAUGUUAAAAUUGCAAUCGAAAUAGUGAAGGCUGCGAAGGGACUUCCACUGCUUGUCAAAGUUUUUGGUUCUUUUUUGCAACAUAAAGGACUGGAAGAAUGGAUUAAAUUCAAAGAUCUCACGCAACAAUUUCAGGAAGAUUACCAGAAGAUUCUGAGUGCAAUUUAUGAUACUUUAGAUGAAGAUCUAAAGCUGACGUAUCUUAAUCUUGCAAGUUUUCCCCCUGAUGUGGAUUUUCGGAUUGCCUCACUCGUUUUGUGUUGGCUUCCUCAUCCUCAUCCGAUCAUUUGGCCUCAUCAUUAUAAUUGUCGUGAUGAAGUCAGUGUCCUUUGUCGAAUAUCCCUAAUAGAAAUGGACGAAAAUAAAUUAGGCAUGCACAGCAUGCUAAGGUGCCUUGCCAGGGAGAUUGUCGACGAACGUUUCCACGAUCCAGGAACAGGUGCUGGAUUGUACGGUCCUGCCAUAGCCCAGGACAGGAAGAAGGGGAAAAGGAAAAGAGACCACCUGGAAACUAAAGAGGCAGGCUGUGAGAUCUUGCCGAGCACGACUUUUCUCAGCUUGGGUCGCGCCAAUAUUGGUAGACAAUUUGCAGGUGCCUUGUCGAACGUUUGGUGGCUUCAGUGGCAAGGGUGCCCUCAAGAUGCGAUCAGCAUGCAUUUAGAGAAGAAUGAGAACCUAGUUAUUCUUGAUCUUUCCUGGAGUAAGGUUACAGAGUCCUGGGCAGGUUGGAAUAGAAUAAAGAUGGAGCGUUUGAAAGUCUUGAAUCUUACAGGUUGUGGGGACUUAUUAAUUACCCCCAGCUUCUCCUGUUGCCCAAAUUUGGAGAUACUGAUUUUUGAGCUGUGUUCUCGAUUGGUUCAUUUAGAUCCUUCAAUUAAUUAUCUGAAGUGUUUGGUUACCUUGAAUUUGAAGUUCUGCUCUGAACUUAGCAUGUUGCCAGCGGAAAUGGGUGGGAUGAAUGCUUUGGAAGAGCUCCUGAUUGAUGGCACUUCCAUACGAGAACUUCCUGCAUCGAUAGGCAAACUGGUUCAACUGCAAAUUCUUAGUGCCACUAAUUGCUUGUCAUUGGUUCGCUUUCCUAGUUCAGUUUGUGAACUUAAAGCUCUUUCAGAGCUAGCCUUGGAUAACGCGAAAAUUCUUGAACUCCCUGAGUCAAUAGGAGACUUGGGACAUCUUAGACGCUUGUCUUUGAAGGACUGUCAUGGGCUUGGAAAGCUUCCGGAAUCCAUUGGCAAAUUGGGGCACUCACUAGAAAAGUUGGAUAUUUCAGGUACAAGUGUUUCGAGUUUGCCCGAUUCAACUAAAAACCUGCGCAGAUUGAAAGUGCUGAAAUUGGAUUCUUGUUUCAUAAGAGAAUUUCCUCUUUAUAUUGGAAAGUUGAUUUCCCUGGAAGAAGUACAUGCCUCCUGGUGCAGGAGUUUGGAGGGAAUCUUUUCAAGUGAUAUUGUGCGCCUAUAUUCUCUCAGAGAACUGAGGCUUCGAGGUACUCGUAUAUCGAGCCUUCCAUCAGAAAUACAGUUCUUGCCAAGACUUCAGACUCUAGAUUUGCUACACUGCGACUUUCUCAAAGAGUUGCCUACGCUUCCCCGUAACCUAACGAGCCUUGAUGUCGAUCACAACUUGAAGCAAAAAAUGUUAGGAUCUUCAAAUUUCAGCCGUUGGUGGCAUUUAUUGCAAUAAGUAAUACAGUGUUAGUUUGGAUCAGAUUGUUUGAGUGUUGUCAUUUGAUGUGGUUCGUAGGGUUGGUUACAUUAUGCUCCAGGCAAUUAUAGAAUUGUGUCAACCUACUCUUCUCAAUUGAAUAUGUUCCCGCUUGCUUAAAUUUCUAGUAUUCA